GGAUUCAUAACCGUCUUCAACUCCCCGGGUCCUCGCCUCUACAACUAUCGGCUCAUGCUGGGUUUCUACUUCAGUUUGAUUCAAACUUUAGUCCGCUUGGCAGUAUCUUUCUCUCAGUGUAUUUAUAUUUUUGUUAAACAUCCGUUUUAGUCUUUUCUGGGCAUACCACCGGCUAGCUUUAGCUUGGAUUACCAUAUUUAUUCCCUGAACUUGUCGACGUGGUACUCUGGUUCCUUUAGGAAAUAAACUUGUGUGAUGGAAAAUCAAAUCGGCAUUUCUAUCGGAAACGCAUGAUAUCAUCGAGAGAUCAACACAGACAGAGACAGGUUGUCGGCGACGAUCCAAAAAUACGAAGCUGCUAUUUUAUUUUUCCGAUUGUAAGAACACAAUGAAGUUGUGAUAUUGUGAAGCCUGUGCAUUUAUUUUAUGAUGGAUUAUACAGAAUGAACAUCUUUGUUACAAGAAUCAGGUGGACCGAAAAUAUGGUGAAAUUAAGCGUCGUUUUUCUCAUCAUUGGAUUAAAUUCUAAUUUGGUAGCGCCUAUUCUUCAACGAAAAGAUGGAAGAUUUGGUGGAACUGGGACAAUCGAACCAAGCUCAGGAAAGACAACACGCAUACCUCGAUCAACACACAUCCUGUAUACAGCUGAUCCAACUUUAAAAAGUGCCACUCCUACUUUCGUAGGAACAACGAAACAACCUGCAACUUCAUUAGCAACUUCAGACAAUACAAAUAUUUUAUUAACAUAUCAACAAGAAAACGAUACAAAUAUUGCUGAUGGAAUACUUGAAACCAAAUCAGAAAGUUCUGUUGGUGAGCCUCCACCAGUAAACCAUACGAAACUGUUAAAUUCCGAUAGUUAUGUUACCAGUAAUACCUUUUAUAAUAAAUCUAAUGAAAAUUCUAUUUAUACUACUGAUGUACCAAAAUCUACAAGGUCACAUCAUCAAAAUAAUACAAACAGUAAGCAAGCCUACUCUGAGGAUCUAAGUCAGUAUUCUAGCACUAAAAGUUCAGUUGAAGACGUUCAAAAAUACCCCUACCAUACGGAAGAAUAUGUUACAAAAUUAAAAAAUUUAAAAACACAGAUAUUUACUACGACGCAAGCGCCUAGGUACGACCAAAAUUUUCAGGACGAAUCAGAUCCAGGGUCAGGGGCUGAAUAUUUCCCCAGGUCAACUUCCCAUCGAAUGAUGGGCGCACCUGGACAAAAAGGUGAAAAGGGAUACAAAGGAACACAGGGAAUAAUUGGUAUACCUGGACCUCCAGGUGUUCGCGGGCCAAGAGGUGAACAGGGGAAACGCGGGCGAAAGGGAAAACCUGGUCCUGUGGGACCGGUCGGACCAAAGGGGUUACGAGGCCAUCCGGGACUGAAGGGAUUCUUUGCGCCGCAAGGGUUGAAGGGAACUCAGGGCGUUAAUGGGAUCAUGGGUGAGAAAGGACAGAAAGGCAUAAAGGGUGAGCGUGGGGUACCCGGUUCAAAAGGGAUCAAAGGAAUAAAGGGAAUCAUCGGAGAAACAGGAAUAAAAGGAGAUAAGGGAUAUCAUGGAAGAAGGGGACCGAGUGGGAAGACGGGACAGCAAGGGCCGGCUGGGAUUGAGGGAAGAAGCGGUUUUCCAGGAGCUCGUGGAUUUCAGGGACAAAUCGGUGAAACCGGUGUUCCUGGACCCCAAGGACCCCGAGGAAGAAUCGGACCUGAAGGUCACAUAGGUGUGCCUGGUCCAACUGGUGAAGUCGGAGUUGAUGGAAAGCCAGGCCUUCCGGGAAAGCCUGGGAGGGAUGGCGAAAGGGGAAAACAGGGGGAAGUAGGACUACAGGGCCUACCGGGACCCGAAGGACCCAAAGGUCAAAUGGGAGAACAAGGCGAGGUCGGUAUACCCGGGUUCAAAGGUUAUAAGGGUAGCAGUGGCAGGGAAGGGGAGAAAGGGGAGCCGGGUAACCAAGGAGAUAGGGGUCCGAUUGGUCAAUUAGGAUCACGUGGUUUGAAAGGAGAUCGUGGAAUACGUGGUGAAGAGGGAAUUAAGGGAAUCAGAGGUGAUACAGGAUUUCACGGACAGCGGGGCGAAGUUGGACACACAGGAAUGAAAGGUGAAAUGGGUUUACCUGGAAAAAAGGGUCAUAAGGGCAACACGGGUCACCAUGGUCAAGCUGGAUCGCGAGGAGACAAGGGUAACAAAGGACUGAAAGGACGCAAAGGAGCAAUAGGCAAACAGGGCAAACUAGGGUCGGAUGGUAAAAAGGGAAGAGCAGGAAGACACGGUGCUCAGGGUGAAACCGGUGUUCCUGGUGGGGAAGGAUCAGUUGGUCCUGUGGGUUUACCAGGACUAAAGGGUCCACCUGGUUUACAAGGGAUGACAGGACCAGAAGGAGGUCAUGGUAGAAGCGGCAAUCCUGGACCCACAGGAGACCCCGGGCCAAGAGGUUUAAGAGGUAUUACCGGGGCCCCUGGACCUGUGGGGUUGGAAGGCGGACAGGGUCCCCCAGGCCCACCUGGUCCAACGGGAAAAACUGGCUUACCUGGUUACAUAGGAAAUAAAGGAAUGCAAGGACAACGGGGUUUUCCUGGACGGAGUGAUAUUCGAGGUCGCCCGGGACACCCAGGACCGCCCGGUGACACUGGAAGCGAGGGACCCAGCGGUGAACCAGGAUUACAAGGACCUCCUGGACCAGUGGGGAAGAUGGGAAUAAAAGGAGACGGAGGGGAUAGAGGCACUAUCGGACCACAGGGGCAGGUUGGUGAAUAUGGUCUGCCAGGUCCUGUCGGAAUGCGAGGUUUAAUGGGUGUUGUGGGAAAAACUGGACCUCAAGGAGAACCGGGACCGAAAGGUGAACGUGGUGCUAAAGGAAAGCAAGGUAUACGAGGAUUACCGGGAAAAAAUGGACAUCAAGGGCCAAUAGGGCCUGAAGGUCAAACUGGUCCCUCCGGAGUACGUGGAGAUCCGGGGCCUCGAGGAGGCAUUGGGCCGAUGGGAUCGAAGGGAGAGUCCGGCUCACAGGGUCCAAGAGGUCGACAAGGACCGCCUGGACAACCAGGUGUUCCAGGUGUACCUGGUGUCCAUGGAGAUCACGGGAGGCAAGGGGAGAGAGGUCUGACAGGCUUACAGGGCGAGAAAGGUGACCCAGGAAUACCAGGUCCACGGGGAUACAGAGGAGCGAAUGGUAUAAAAGGAGUUCGAGGAACGAAUGGAGAAAGAGGUGAAACUGGAGAACAGGGUCCACGAGGUCAAAUGGGACAUGAAGGUAUGGUCGGACAUCCCGGGUCAACAGGUGCACCAGGGCCGAAGGGUAAGAAGGGAUCACCUGGUUCUCUUGGUAAAUUGGGCAUAGAAGGGGAUCAAGGUGAACCAGGAAGGAAUGGUUUCAAAGGACAAAAAGGAUGGAUUGGCGAGACUGGUGAAAAGGGGCAUUUUGGAGAUCCAGGUCACCAAGGACUGGCUGGCCUACGAGGACCCAUGGGGAAGCCUGGGGAGGCUGGACCAAUGGGCCAUGUUGGUAAACCAGGACUUGCAGGAACACCUGGUCAAGAUGGGUCACCUGGAGAAGAUGGCGAACCAGGUUCACCAGGAGAUCAGGGAGAAGAAGGACGACCUGGAUCUAUUGGACUGAAAGGUAAAGAAGGACACCAAGGCCCGCCUGGAACACCUGGAUCCAAUGGCAAACCUGGUACUCAAGGGGGCAGGGGAGAACGAGGUGAAAAGGGUGAGCGGGGUGAACCAGGAAUUUACGGAUUACCAGGUUUACAAGGCCCACGAGGAUUACAGGGGCAAAAGGGGCAAGUAGGCGACCAAGGCGACCGAGGACACCCGGGUUCACCAGGAAGUGCUGGUGUGGCAGGGAUUGAAGGUAUAGCUGGACCCCCUGGAUUUCCAGGGCCUCAAGGUCAAAAGGGUGAAAAGGGUCGCACGGGACGACAGGGCUUACCAGGAUCAAAGGGAUUAAUGGGAUAUACAGGCCCGCCAGGGCCAAUGGGUGUCAAAGGACAGAGAGGGCGACAGGGAGUGGCGGGUGACGUUGGUAAUACAGGAGUUGAGGGACCGCGUGGAAAUCCAGGCAUUGAGGGUCACCAGGGUAUUUCCGGCUUUCCUGGAAUAAAAGGACCAAAAGGACCAAGGGGUGAUGCGGCUGAUCGGGGCUAUCCUGGAGAGACAGGGCCAAUGGGACCUCCAGGUUUACCUGCAACAGCGGUAUAUCUUAGUGAUGCUGCGGCAAUAGCACAAAUAUUUGAUCAUCUUUUCACAAUGCCAAACAGAAAUGGACCAGGCGAUACAGAUGUCUUCUAUAUGCUACGGUACGUAGCUAAGUAUAUUGAGGGAGUCCGCUAUCCACUGGGGACACGUGAUAUACCAGCACGGAGCUGUAAAGACAUUUUGGACUGUCACGAUUAUUUGCAAAAUGGACGGUACUGGAUCGAUCCGAAUCUCGGAUGCCCCACAGACGCUGUAGAAGUGUAUUGUAAUUUCACAAAUAAUGGCGAAUCAUGUCUUAUACCGAGCGAUCCAAGUAGGUACAUGUAUGGAAUAACAAGACCACAGCUUAAUUUUCUACAUUUACUGACGUCAGAGGGGAGCCAAAUAGUUACAAUUCACUGUAGAAACAUAUCAGUUUGGGAAAGCUCAGACGGUGGUUAUCAACACGCUAUCAAAUUCAAAGGCUGGAAUGGUAGUGUGUACCGCCAUGACGGUCAGUUCAAACCAACUGUCCUAUCUGACCAGUGUAAGCAUCCUGAUACGAGGUGGCAGACCACAAAAUUCCUUUUCCGAAGUCAGGAUCCAAACAAGUUACCAAUAAUCGACGUCAUCACCAUUCCAUCAGUCCAUGGGUCAAGUCAAUCAGUUGGGUUCAAAGUUGAACUUGGCAACGCUUGUUUCAAAUGAAAAUAUUGUAUAAGAUAGAAUUCACAAUCGCAAUUUCAGAACCAAAGGGAUUAAUAUUUCUACGGAACUGGAAACAAUACCACCUUCAACAACAUUUUAUACAAAAUAUUUUAAUUCCUUUUGCAAAAUAUAACAACCUUGACAUUUAUUUAUAUUUUUCUUAUUUCUGUAUUAAUUUUGUUCUUGUAAACUACUACUCUGCCAUAAUUUAUUUUCAAAUAUUCUUCAAAGUCAUGCACCAAAUAUUUUAACUCACUAAUAUUAUGUUCAUACGCCUGUCUUAUCCACCCACUCUACCUUUGUUUAUGAUGACUAUAUUUUAGUGUGAGCCCGCGAGAUAUGUCUUCACACGUCUUUGUAAAUUAAAAUGCAACUGUUAAUGUUCUUCUAUUUCUUUCCCCACUUUCUUUCAUCUGUACAUUGUCUCUAUUGAUAGAAAAUAGUUCCUAUAGUCUUAAGUUUUUAGUUACAUUUUAGUAUUACUUUGUUUUAUUUUUAUAAGAAUUAUUGCUUUCUAGUUAGGGAAAUCCUUAGCAAAUUCAUGUCGUAUUAAUAUCUGUAGAAAUAGGAAUGUUUAUAUUUAUUUGAGGUACUAAAUACGUGAGUGAAUCGAUGUACCUAUAUGUGUGUCUGUACAAUGAUUUAGCAUUUGAAAAAUCCCCGACUAAUCUUCAUUUAUCUUUAAUUAUAGAGACAUUAUUUGUACGGUCACCUUUGAGUUUGAUCGUGAUUUUAGUUUUAGAGAUGCGAUUAUUAUAUUAUUUCUUUCUAAAGUAAAUUAAGUAAACAUGGCUAUGAAUUCGUAAUAUUUAUGAAUUGCACUACAAGUGUGUAUCCUUAUGUGGUUAUUUUUAAAGAAUCAAUGACUCUUUUUAUUGGGUUUAACUUUUUCUUUGCGAAUUAUCGCUGCAGCUGAUUUAUUGCCUGUGUAAAUCUAAAGGAAAAUGUGAAAACUCAAUUAUCAAAUAAUCUGAACAAAAUUAAUGAGAGACUUCAAAUGAUGCAUUGUAACCUCGCUAUCAAAUUGUGUCAAAUAGCUUUAAUAAGUUUGCUAUUAGUAUUUUAAGAACUCAAUUUAACUUUUAUUGGUUGACGACAAAAAUUAACGAUGGGAAUUAAUAUUAUUAUUAUUACUAUUAUUAUUAUUACUAUUAUUAUUAUUAUUAUUAUUAUUAUUGAUUGUUAUUAUUGGUAUUAGUAUAAUAAUUAUUUAUUAUUAGGAUUAUUUUUAUAGCUAUUUUGUUAUUUGUUACUACUACUACCACUAUCAUUACAUUGUAUACUUAUUGCAUUUAUUUUUAUUGAUAGGCCUAUUAGGUUUAUUACUAUUUAUGGUUUUCAUUAUACCAUACCGUAGCAUUAAUAUCAGUAUUUAUUUUUGAUAUUUUUAUCAUUAUUUAAGUGAUAAACACAUUUGUUAUUCAUUUUUUAAUGGUGUCUUGAAGUGUCAAAACUUUCAAUAUGGCGUAGUUAUACUGUUUUACUAACAUUUUGUAAUAAACAUUGGAAUGACUUACAACGAAUUUAUAUUAUAUUUUGAUUUUUUUUUUGUCAACGUAUACCUUAAUGACCGAAAGUACUACGCUGUUAUGCUGAUUAAAAUGGUGCUAAUUUUAGUUAGGUACUUAGACCAAAAAGUGUAUAAAUAGAGAAAGACUUUUGCUCAGAAUGUAAGCAACGACUGUGUACAGCACAAAUCACCCACCGUUUAUCUUUUCUUUUUUUUCAAUUUGAAUAGCGACCUCCAAGCUAAUGGGUAAAUAUACUGUGUGCACAUUCAUUUUUUCCCUAUCUAUACACUUUACUUAGAAUUAUGUGUAAUAGUUACGAUUAUAGUCGUUAUGAAAUUGUAAUUUUGAUGAUUCAAAUUCCACGUAUCUAUAAUCAGUCAAUCAGCCAUACCACAAUUCAGUUAUCCGUGUCCAAAAGUACGCAUGUUUAUUUGAGUAGAAAAUAACUUGAUAGGCCAAGUCCAGUAAUUAUUUUUUUUCAUUACCAGUAGAAGUAUAAAAGAUCUUAAGUUUCUAUAGAUACCACCGACACUAUUAUGUUACCACUUGGAUCCUAAAAAUCUCGGCUUCAGAUUUAUUAGGCCUACAAUGAAUAGUGUAUACGGUGCUCAAAUAUAUGUCUUAACUGAUCGUCUUUCAACACUAUUCAUUGGUAUCUCAGUCCAUGGAGGUAUAUAUGUUUAUACCCUCCAUGCUCAGUCUCAGUGAAAUAGAAUGAAGCCAGCAUUGUUGAACCAUUAUGAAUGAACGAACCGCCAUUAAAAUUACCACUGCAGAGCCGGGAUAAUCUACUGUCGGCACUGCAAAUCCCAGCUGAUAUUACGUAUCCCACCGAUAGUUUACAGUGUUACCGACGGUUGAUAGUGUUGGCAAAAGUUACUGUAUGUUUCUUCAAGAUGGUAAUGAUCAUCAAAGGCCUAAUUAUUGAAAUAUUACACUUGAGUAUUGGUUGAAAUUGUGAAUAUUUUGUUGUAUAGUUUUUAGUAAAUAAAAAAAAACCGAAGGUCGAAGCA